GUGUCGACAUUCCGGAACCUUACUUUUAUCACGAAGGUGUAUAUUGUUCGGAGGAAGAUAUGCAGUCUCCAGUGAAGUUUGGUCUCACUGUAAACCCAAUCCAUGAAACCAACACACUGUGCAAAGCUUGCACCGAUAUUGUCUGUGUGCUUCUCAAUCAGCCCUUCAUUCUCGAUAUCGAUUUGGACGUGUUUUCCACCCAGAACCCUUUCAUCGACAAAUUUACUAAUAAGCAACUCGAUCUCAUCGAUCAACUUUAUGCACCUCCACCGGGUUUGGACAUACCCUUCUCGGAAUCCGAAUUCAAUGAUUCCUCAGUUGUCCUAGCUCAUGCAACUGCAGCUGCUCGUGUACUCAACAAAUGCCGUCGCACACAGUUAGCUCGCUUGCGACAGUGGCUUGGCAUCUGGGAGUCUGGGACUUUGCCUCCUAUUGAAGCAAUCCAGCUGUGGCCCCGUGAACUGGCCGAUCUAGCAGCAUUGGUCCUUUCGCUUGGUGAAAAUAAAAUUCGUUCAUCUGUCAGACAAGUUGCAGCAGAAACCUUCCGACUGGCAUGCGAGCGACUUUCUGAAAUCGUCGAACCACCAUUAAUCUCCCUUGGCUCUGAUGAACGUCAUGUUCGAGAAGCUAUGAGUAAACUCAAUUUGCGUUGUUCAGAGGGCACCGAGUUUCCCGAGAAUACCAACACAUAUCAAACUUUCCGACAAACGGAAUGCAGUCGUUGCACCGUAUUGCCCACUAGCCCCAGUGUAGUCCCUAUGAAACGCCGGUUGAGCAGUCCUGAUUCCGUUUGUGCAGAUGUUCAAACGAAGUUGCGCUUGCGAUCCUUGGAGGGUCCUAAUGUGCAUUCCUCAGAACGCUUUGCGAUGGGGAAGCAACGUACCCACUUGAUGGAAGUUGAUCGCCACGAUGUAAAAGAGGAAGCAGAUCCCAAAUCAUCGUUGACUUCUAACUGCGAUCCAAAAGUGUUGCUGACGAAGCUGGAUGAUGUACUCAUCUCCGAGCCAGUCCAAGCUGAGUCCGAAUCCGAUCCCGAAUCUGAUAAGUCAGAUGUCCAUCAAACACAAUCGAAUGAAUCAGAGGAGGAGUCACUUAUGUACCUUCACUAUUUAUGGUCUGCCGUCGCGGAUCAGGAACACGGACCCUUGCCUCAUCAUGUUUCGACGGUUCGGGAGCAGCAAGAAAUGCGCGAACAGAUGGAGAGUUUGCUAAACCGAUUACACAAUCCUUGCCUGAUCACCGUUGCUCGUUCAGUGAAAGACCAGUACACUCCAGCGCACCAUGUAUCUGACCUGCAGUUGGGCUUAUUCCAGCUAUUGGACCGUGUAUACGGCCAGGGUCUAUUGUCUGUCACUCUGGACUACGAAAAUUGCGAAUCAGACGCAGAAGUAUUAAAAGGUUUGGGCUUCCAUGUCACUCGACCAGACGAAUUGCGAAUUAACAAUCCAAGAAUAUCUCCAAUUUCUUCCGUUCCAUCCGAUGCUGCAGUUGUUGACUAUCGAAACGAACCCGGCCGCAAAGAAAUUGUCUAAGGAAGCAGCACUCCUCUUCUACUCGAUUGAAGCACAGUUACCACUUUUGCUCUACUUUUCCACUUGUGCUAGGUCGAUAUGUACAUAUCCACAUAACAUAUCAUCCGCAUUCUCUUCUUUUUCGCAUAUCGUCACGUUUCGCGUCUACAGUCUAUAAACCUGCACCGCCAUCUGCUCUUUGCCUACCCCCCAGUUACUGUUCUGGUAAUUACCUGGUCUCUGAGAACAUGUUGCUGACUGCACGUCA